GGAGGAGCCAUGGCGGCGGCUGACGUCCGGGCGGAGCUCGAUUCGCUGCUCUUGCAGCUGCUCGGGGACCUGGAGGAGCUAGAGGCGAAGCGGGCGGCGCUGAACGCCCGGGUGGAGGAGGGCUGGCUCUCGCUGUCCAAAGCUCGCUACGCCAUGGGCGCCAAGUCGGUGGGGCCCCUGCAGUACGCCUCCCACAUGGAGCCUCAGGUGUGCGUGUGCACCAGCGAGGAGCGGGAUGGACUGCAGAAGUUCCGGGUGGUGAGAGCCGGGGCCCAGGCUCCGGAGGAGGUGGGGCCCCGCGAGGCAGGUCUGCGCAGGCGCAAGGGCCUCACCAGGAGCCCAGAGCCAGAGCCCCCUUCCGCACCCCCGGACCCUCUGAACUGGUUUGGGAUCCUGGUCCCUCACAGCCUGCGGCAGGCCCAAGCCAGCUUCCGGGAGGGCCUGCAGCUGGCCGCAGAUAUGGCCAGCCUUCAGAGCCACAUCAGCUGGGGUCGCAGCCGGCUUCGGGAGCUCCAGGAGAAAGCCAAGCAGCUCGAGCCCGGGGCCGCCUGAUGUGUGGCCAAGGGGGAGGCCCGCAGGUCGGCUGCUCUUUCUUCGCAGACUGUCCCUGCCCUGCCACCUCCGCCCCACCCCCACCGGCUAAUCCCCGCCUUAAAGUUCCUGCGGUCACACGUUUUCAGCUUUGUCAGGUGUGAAAGUUUGUUUGAAGAGGAGAACGAGGUAAUGUUCAGAGUCGCUCCUCCUGGGUCCCCCUCCCAGUCCUUGUUUGGGGACCUGCUGAUGUGGGGAGGCCCAAAGCUGUCAGCUCAGUUCACGCUGGGGAGCAGCAGGGCCGUGUCCGCAGAGUCGCUGCCGGCGAAGCGCUGCAGAGCCUGCGGGCGGAAGGACAAGGCGCUGCUGCAGGUGCCCUCGAUCCUGGGGGCUGAUUUGAGGGGGAGGGGGCCGCCCACGGCUAACAGACCAGGUGAGAACGAUCCCAGGUCGAAAACAGCAAACGCCUGUGUGGACGGGGGUCCUGGGCAGGUUUCAGGUGAAAAAGUAAAAAGGACCUGCCCUCGAUUUUGAAGUGACCUCUGGGGAGAGAGCUCUCGGGGGUUUAACAGCCCACCUGGGUCCAGGAGGGAGGCUGGACCUUCGCGAUUCGUGGAGCAGCCAGUUGUUUCCCUGGUCUGGGAGCCCCGUGUCCUCCUCGGUUGUCCUGCUGGGCUGCUGCCGUUCACAGUGGCUUCUAAGGAGCUGAUUUUUAUGCUGGGGGAAAAUCGGUCCUUUGUUCAUAGUAUCGGUGAUAUAAAUAUUUUUU